CUGAUGUGGGCCGUUCACGUGGUUCAUUCCUUUCCUAGGAGCUUGUCGGAACGGGUGAAUGCCUGGCGCGGAUGGACCGGUGAAAUUAGUCAAAUUCACCCAAACCAACCUUCUCUUCAUUCCGCGAGAAAGUCAGAAAAAUGCCGGCAUAUUUCCAACGACCGGAGAAUGCUCUCAAACGAGCAAAUGAGUUUUUGGAGGUGGGCAAAAAGCAGCCAGCUUUGGAUGUUUUGUACGAUGUCAUUAAGAGCAAAAAGCAUCGAACAUGGCAGAAGAUCCACGAGCCCAUCAUGCUCAAGUACCUGGAGCUCUGCGUGGACCUGCGCAAGAGCCACCUGGCAAAGGAGGGUCUCUACCAGUACAAGAACAUCUGCCAGCAGGUGAACAUCAAAUCCCUUGAGGAUGUGGUUCGAGCCUACCUGAAGUUGGCCGAGGAGAAGACGGAGACGGCCAAGGGGGAGUCGCAGCAGAUGGUCCUGGACAUUGAGGAUCUUGACAACAUCCAGACUCCUGAGAGUGUACUUCUGAGCGCUGUGAGUGGUGAAGACACCCAGGAUCGUACAGACCGUCUGCUGCUCACUCCCUGGGUGAAAUUUCUGUGGGAAUCCUACCGCCAAUGCCUGGACCUGCUGCGUAACAACUCCAAGGUGGAGCGCCUCUACCACGACAUUGCCCAACAAGCUUUCAAGUUCUGCCUUCAGUACACCCGUAAGGCAGAGUUCCGGAAGCUUUGUGACAAUCUGCGCAUGCAUCUGGGUCAGAUCCAGCGCCACCACAACCAGAGCACAGCCAUCAACCUGAACAACCCUGAGAGCCAGUCUAUGCACCUGGAAACACGCCUGGUGCAGCUGGACAGUGCCAUCGCCAUGGAGCUCUGGCAGGAAGCUUUCAAGGCUGUGGAAGACAUCCAUGGUCUCUUCGCCCUUUCCAAGAAGCCCCCCAAGCCUCAACUUAUGGCCAACUACUACAACAAGGUGUCCACUGUGUUUUGGAAGUCUGGGAACGCCCUGUUCCACGCCUGCACCCUCCAUCGCCUCUACCACCUUUCCAGGGAGAUGCGCAAGAACCUCACCCAGGAAGAGAUGCAGAGGAUGUCUACAAGGGUCCUCCUGGCCACCCUGUCCAUUCCCAUCACCCCGGAACGCACCGACAUCGCCCGCUUGUUGGACAUGGACGGCAUAAUCGUGGAGAAACACCGUAGGCUGGCCACACUACUGGGCCUGCAGUCCCCACCAACCCGCCAGAGCCUCAUCAAUGACAUGGUUCGGUUCAACUUGCUGCAGUACAUUGUACCUGAAGUGAAGGAGCUGUACAAUUGGCUGGAGAUGGACUUCCACCCACUGAAGCUGAGCGGAAGAGUAACAAAGGUGUUGAACUGGGUGAGAGACCAGUCUGACAAGGAGGCGGACCUCCAGCAAUAUGUUCCCCACCUGCAGAGUAAUACCAUCCUCAGGCUGCUGCAGCAGGUGGCUCAGAUCUAUCAAAGCAUUGAGUUCAACCGUCUGGCCUCCCUGGUUCCAUUUGUGGAUCCCUUCCAAUUGGAGCGCUCCAUUGUGGAUGCUGCUCGACACUGCGAUCUGCAGGUUCGAAUUGACCACACCACUCGCAACCUGAGCUUUGGUUCAGACCUGAAUUACUCCACCAAGGAGGACUCUCCCGUGGGGCCGUUCUUGCAGAACAUGCCCUCUGCCCAGAUCAGGAACCAGCUGACAGCCAUGUCGUCUUCCUUGGCCAAGGCAAUCCAGGUCAUCAAGCCUGCAUCCAUGCUGAAAGAGCGCGAGGAGCAGAGCCAGCUAGCCAUCACCGCCUACCUGAAGAACGGCCGCAAGGAGCACCAGCGCAUCCUGGCCCGCCGGCAGACCAUCGAGGAGCGCAAGGAGCGCCUGGAGAACCUCAACAUCCAGCGGGAGAAAGAGGAGCUGGAGCAGCGCGAGGCGGAGCUGCAGAAGGUGCGCAAGGCAGAGGAGGAGCGCCUGCGCCAGGAGGCCAAGGAGCGCGAGAAGGAGCGCAUCAUGCAGGAGCACGAGCAGAUCAAGAAGAAGACGGUGCGCGAGCGGCUGGAGCAGAUCAAGAAGACAGAGCUGGGAGCCAAGGCCUUCAAAGACAUCGAUAUAGAGGACCUUGAGGACCUGGACCCUGACUUCAUCAUGUCCAAACAGGUGGAGCAGCUUGAGAAGGAGAAGAGAGAGCUUCAGGACCGCCUGAAGAACCAGGAGAAAAAGAUUGACUACUUUGAGAGGGCCAAACGUCUGGAGGAGAUCCCCUUGAUCAAGAAGGCCUAUGAGGAGCAGCGUGUCAAGGACAUGGAGUUAUGGGAGCUCCAAGAGGAGGAGAGGAUCAGCAACAUGAAGGUGGAACGUGAGAGGGCCUUGGAGCACAAGCAAAGGAUGUCCAGAAUGAUGGAGGACAAGGAGAAUUUUGUGGGCAAAAUAACAGACGCUCGAAGCUUCAUCUACGAGGAAAAACUGAAACAGUUCCAGGAGCGCCUGGUGGAGGAGAGGAAGAAGCGUCUAGAGGAGAGGAAGAUCCAGCGCAAGGAGGACCGUCGCAACACCUUCUACCGCCAGAAGGAGGAGGAGGCCCAGCGCAUCCACGAGGAGCAGCUCAAGAAAGAGCGCGAGGAGCGUGAGCGCAUCGAGCAGGAAGCACGUGAGGCAGAGGAGGCGGAGUACCAGGAGCGCCUGCGCAAACUUGAGGAGCAGGAGAGGAAGCAGCGAGCCCGGCAGCAGGAGAUCGAGGAGCGUGAGCGCCGCAGGGAGGAAGAGAUGAGGGCCCCUGCUAGGUCUGAAGAGAAACCCAGAGGAGAAGCUAAGGACUGGGGUGCUGAGAAGGAGGAGGGAGGAGGAGGAUGGAGGAGGCGUACUGAGGUUGAAUCAGAGAGGCGUCGCCCAGUGCCUGAUAAUGACGCCGUACCAGAUAAGGACUGGAGAGCCGAUGGCGGCGAUGACAAAGAAAGAGAGCCACCCUCCAGGAGAGGAGUAGACGGCCCUCGCCGUGGUGGAGCCGACGACCGUGGACCCCCACGCAGGGGCUUUGGGGACGACGACCGCCCCCUGCGCAGAGGCAUGGACGAGGACCGUCCACCAAGGAGAACCUUUGGGGAUGAUGACCGGGGUCUUAGAAGGGGAGGGGACGAGGACCGCGCUCCCCGCAGAGGCUUCGAUGAUGGCCCCAGGCGUGGCUUUGACGAAGACAGAGGUCCCCGCCGUGGCUUUGAUGACGGCCCCCGCAGAGGCACGGACGAGUCCAGGGCCCCCAGACGCGGGGCUGAUGAUGACACCUGGGGCCCCAGGAGAGGAGGAGAUGACGAAAGGGGCGGACCUCGUGACGACAAGCCAUGGAAGCCAGCUGGCCGGCCCGUUGCUCUGGUGUCUGCUUCAGGUGGUGGCUGGCGUGAGAGGGAGAAGGCCCGCGAGGAGAGCUGGGGUCCACCCCGCGAAGGUGGCGGGAGCAAGGAGGGCGACGAGGGCGAGAGAGAGGAAAAACAGGAGAGCGAACGCUUCCCUGAGCGCCGCCCACCCAGGUCAGACGCACAGGAGGAGGGAGGUGGUGGUGGUGCUUGGAGAAGGCCGGGUGCUGAUGAUGAGGCGCCCAAGAAAAGCUGGAGAGACUCUGCUCGUCAGGAAGAGCCUGACCGCGAGGAUCGCCCUCCUAUCCGUCGAGAGCGACCUGAGCGCAGGGAUGACCGUGACCGUCCCCCACCCAGCAGAGAGCCUGAAGAAGGAGGAGGCUCUUGGCGCCGUGCCGGCGACGAGAAGCGUGACGUGCGUAAAGAGGAACGUCCGGCUCCCCCCAGACCCAGAGAGGGUGAGCGUGAAGCGGAUGGAGAGAAGAGCUCCUGGCGCUCGGAGAAAGACAAAGAGAACGCUGGUCGCGCCAAGAAGACCAACGAAGAGACCGACGAUGACGGCUGGACCACUGUGGCCCGCCGCUGAGUCCACCCUCUCUCUGAGCAUCUGCUUUCAAAUGGCCCCACAAGGACUGUUGUACACCUCUAUUGCUGCCAGCCUCCUAGUAAUUUAACCUUGGCAUAAGCUUGUCAUCUCAUCAACAAUCUCUAUUGCCAUUGAGUAUGUAUUUUGUUAGAAUUAAGGUUGCUUAACCUAAAAACUAGUUAAUUCCCAUUUUGAUGUGCAUGCUUAGAGUAUACAAUUAGUCUCACUUAAUAUCUAGUGUGUGGUUCUAUCUUAAAGCAUUCAACCAUAUUUGACACAAUGAGUUGCAUGUUUAUAGAUAAAUACGGCCUUUAUUAAUAAAGUACUUUGCUCAACAGUU